AUGUCCCAGCCAACUUUGUCUGAUGCACAAAAGGCCAUUCUUGGGAAGUUCAGUGGGUACGAAACACACCACGAAAUUACACAACAGUACGAAGACACUCCUUACAAAAAGGUCACAACAGAACCCCCAGCUAAGGAUUUGUGGAACAAUAAUAUCAUAUGGGAAUUCGCUAAAGGCCUUUCCCCAGGAAUGGACUUAACUAAAAUCCCAUUCCCCGUCUGCAUCACACAGGCAAGAUCUUUUCUCCAAAACUUUACAGACUAUUUUGAACAUUGGAACCUCAUCUCAAAAGCAGCUAAUGAAGAUGACCCAUAUAAACGUAUGAAAUUGGUCACGCAAUGGUACUUGUCUGGUUUCGCUCACGCUAUGAAAGUCGUGAGAAAGCCUUACAACCCAAUUUUGGGAGAAGUCUUCCGAUGCAUGUGGCAGAACGAAAACACCGGCUCGAAGACACAUUAUAUCGCCGAACAAGUCUCGCACCAUCCUCCUAUUUCGUCGUUUUAUGUCACUAAUAGAGAAGAUGGAUGGGUCGGAUAUGGGACCGUCACUUUUUCUGUGAGUUUCUAUGGAGUAUCUGCUUGGGCUUAUUUGAAUGGGAACCACAAGAUUAAGUUACUGAAAUACGACGAAGAAUACACGUGGUGUUUCCCACCAACGAAGGCGUCUGGGUUCUUUGUUGGGCCAUUCAUUAUGGAGAUGGGUGGUGUUGUGACAAUAAAGAACAACAAGAAUGACUACUGGGCCAAUUUGGACUUCAAGACUAGCUCGAUGUUCUCUUCUGCUAAUUUGUAUAAGGUAGAGGGCAAAAUCAUGCAAAAGGAUACGAUCGUCGACACCCUCCAAGGCCAGUACUUUGAAAAGAUCUUCAUUGGGAAAGAAAUAUUCUUGGACGCGAAAGUCCCCCCAGAGACCCCAACACGUUACGAAGUACCCGAAGACAAAUUGUGGGGGAAGGAGUCGCAAUAUGUGUGGAAAGACUUAACUGCCGCAGUCGUGAAAGGCGAUGGGCAAGAUGCGUCUGACAAAAAGUGGGAAGUCGAGGAAUGGCAACGAUUGGAAAGACAAGAGAACGAGAGAAAACAAGUUGUAUUCAAGCCACGAUUCUUUGAAAAGGUCAAUGAUACGGAGUAUCAUUAUAUCUACGCGAAUGAAGCGCCAUUUUCUAAAGGGGAAGAAGAGUCAUUUGAGAUGGCUGGCAUGAUUAUGUCUCGAAGAAAGAAAUAA